AUGUCAGGUAAAAGCUUCCAGGGGCUGAAGGAACAGGCUGAAGGUGCAGUAAAAGAUGCUGCAAGCACACUGGGACAUGCUACUCAGGAUGCAGCCAACCAAAUUACAGAUGCAAGCCAGAAAGCUAUUGACAAGGCUUCGAAGGCAGCACAAGAUGGGGUAGAAAAAGCAACUGGACAAGCUGCAGAAGCAAUGUCUGGCCUUGGGAAAAAAUGUGGAUUUAAGAAAUGA